GGUGAAUUUGUAUUUUCUCUCGUUUUCUCUCUCUUAUCCCCCUUUCCCUCAACAAUUCAACGUGUAACCUUAAACACUUGACACACCCUUAGCUGCGCUCCCAAACAACAUGCCAUGUAAACGCCGUCCCUUUAUUAGUUCUUCCCUUCGCUAACCUCGACCCUUCUGUCUUAAUUUCAGAUAAAGACAGUGACAAACCCGAGUUCUAUUUGGGUUUUCCAUUGUUGGGUGCCGACGAAUUUCGAACUCGGAAUUCGGACUGUCUUUGUUUUGUACCAUGGAAAAUGGAACAGGGGUAACGGCGGGGAGAGAGGUUGUGGGGAGAAAGUCGGAGAGGCCGUACAAGGGGAUAAGGAUGAGGAAGUGGGGGAAAUGGGUGGCUGAGAUUAGGGAGCCCAACAAACGAUCCAGGAUUUGGCUGGGCUCCUACGCGACUCCCAUGGCGGCGGCGCGUGCCUAUGACACGGCAGUGUUCUACCUUCGUGGCCCGUCUGCGAGGCUAAACUUCCCGGAGCUUUUGGUCGGUGAGAGAGCCGGCGGUGCGCUCGGUGUGGACAUGUCGGCGGCUUUGAUACGGCAGAAGGCCAUCGAGGUUGGCGCGAGAGUCGAUGCGCUCGAGGCAGCGCAUCAUCGUCAUAAUCAUAACCUUGAUUAUAAUCGAGCGUACGAGCAGAACCAUCAUCAGACAGGCGGCGCCGCUGAGAUGAAGCCAAGUGGCGGGUUUUUUCGGCGGGUUGACUUGAACAAAUUGCCCGACCCGGAAGAUUCGUAAUAAUCAGCGGUUGGGUUUGUUUCUCCGUUUGUCCUCUUUUGGCGGCUGAGAAGGGAGCAGGAUAGUCGCUAAGAUGCACCGCUGUGGUAGCUAACGUGCGCCGUGGAGGUAAGCUUAGGUGACAAAUUAAUGCCAAGGGCUUUGGCUUUAUGUUAAAUUGUUAAUUGGUACCGUAGAAAAAAAAAAAAAAGUUGUUAGUAGUGUAAUGGAAGCUUUUCUGUUUUUUUAUUUAGACCCUUUUCAUUUGAACUUUGUUCUCAAAAUUUUGCUUUGUAUAUGAUAAUUGUAUAUUAAGGCCCUCUUAUUUUAGAUUUAGAUAUCUACUUUAGCUUAGUUAAUGUCUUCUACUCUUCGCCCCAUUUUCUGGUUUAUGGUAAAAGAGGGUGUUUGAGAGAGGAAAUCAAGUUAUGAAAUAAGAAAAUUGAAGUACA